GAAAUAAAAUACGAAUCAAAGUCUGUACGCUCUAGCGACUGCGUUAAGAUACAUUUAUCAGAGGUUGAACAGUGUUCAACGAAUCCCACGAGAUUCUCGAAUACAUACAAGCUCACUCGUGUGAAAGGUAGAUAGUACGUAUUUGAGUUGGGAGUGUGGAAUUCGAUAAAUGUGGCUGAUAAAUAGAUCUCGACAUUAUCAGUCGAUUUGAGACGGACCAUGCGCAGCUAAAGUAAAAGCGAUGUUAAUAUUUUAUAUUUUAACCGUUAAAUGGUAACGUUGGAACGAGCGGUGCGAUGCGAUAUUUAUGAACGAAAGUCGCUAAAUCCGCAAAAUCCAUCUCACAGACUUGAAGUCUCACGGCGCGCACGGGUCGUGAGGAGAAAUUUUCUCGAUUUUUGCAAGAAAAAUAAUUGAAGCGACGAAACUCGCGCGAGAUCAUUCGAAGCGAGAUUUAAAGUCCGAAACCGAGGCGGGAUCGGAAUUAGCAUAUUUGAUCCCGGGUUCAUUUCAGGUGGGGGGGAGUACUUUGCCUUCGCGCCUCGUGCAUUUAAUUCGCGCGUCCUUUGGCCGUGCAUCCGGUGUGACCGACGUCAAUGCGAAGGGGGAAGCGCGAUGACCUCAUUGAUUAAAAAUCAAGGUGAACGAUUCUCCCGGUCACAGCUGUGCUGCACUUUUGCGACCGGCGGCGGCGGUUUUCGCUGGAGAAAACCUCUGUCUCACAUCCCAGCGAGAGAGAAAGAGAAGAGAAGAACGAGCCCGUUUUCUCUGGCCGACAGCUCCGAACUCCGAGCUGGCGCGAGCGAGAAGGGCAGGCAGGCAUCGACUCGCGGGGUAAUCGAAGGCAAAUUGAUUAUUCCGCCGUGAAACUUAAUUUGCCAGUCACUAAGCUUAUCCGGAGUUUCCGCGACGAUGAGCUCUUUCCGCACCCGGAAGCGAGACGCGCGCGCGCGCGUGCGGGGCUUCGCGCGCGCGCGAUCGAUUAAUCGGAUAUGCGAGAGCGGCCCGCGUAAGAAAUCACCGCUGGAUUUUUCAGAGCCGCGUGUGUGUGUGUGUGUGUGUGUGUGUGUGUUUGUAUCAUCAUCACAGCAGCGGCGAUAAGCCAUGAGCCGCCCCCAUCGCCCACAUGGCACAUCCCGAUGAGACUUACGCCGUGGACUUAAACGCGUAAACGCGGCAGCGCGUCUAGUGGCUCGGCUUGGCGCGCAUCGUUCGAGCUGCAUCGUUCGGCCGGGCACUCGCUGCUCUCGCUGCGCGAGCGUGAUUUCGCGAACGUGACUCUCGUUAAUCUUCCGCGAUCGUCAGUUGGCCGUGAACCGGCGUCGUUUGCGUUGCGUUUAAUCCCCCACGACGCGGGCCGGCCGUUCGGUUGUGCGGCAAACGCGGCGAUCGCGCACGUACGUAAUGAGCUCGUAAUCCUCGACGGAGGAUAACACUUCUCGCUGAUAAUCGUUGGCCGUCGUCGGCCGAUCGAGUCGGAUCGGUCGCUUCGUUUGCUGGAAUUUCUCAUAUUUCUUCGUCUUCAAAUUCAGCUGAGCCGGCCGGCCGGCAGCAUGAAAAUCUUUCGCAAGCUCUUCAGGAGCAAGAAGAAGAAGAGGCGCACCGUCAGCAAGAGGUCGCGGAAGACUACGUCGAAGAAGAGGGCCUCGAGCAGGACGUACGACGCGCACCUGCUGAAGGAUGACUUCCUCUUCGGCACCGGUGGCAGCAGCAGCUCGAAGCGGUAUCGGCGUAAACAUAAGGCUGGCGACAGAGGCUGGGAGAUCCACCAUGUUACGGUCACCAGGGUGCCCGGUUACGGUUUCGGUAUAGCCGUGUCAGGAGGCCGCGAUAAUCCACACUUCACCAAUGGGGAUCCAGCGAUCGCGAUCUCCGACGUGCUGAAAGCUGGCCCGGCCGAGGGAAAAUUGCAAGUGAACGACCGUAUCAUAUCCGCUAACGGAGUGUCACUGGAGGGCGCGGAUUACGGGGCUGCCGUGCGGGUCCUGAGGGAUUCCGGUUCCACCGUUUUAUUGGUUGUUAAACGAAGAGCUUCCUCGAAUUCGCCGGGCUGCUUGGGCAGCGCGGGUCCUCAGAGUCACCGGCUCACUCUCACGCGAAACAAUAAAAAGGACGACUUCGGCAUAGUGCUGGGAUGUCGAUUGUACGUAAAGGAGGUUACGCGAGAAAAUAUCGGAGUGAAAACCGGGGACGUGCUAACCCGAAUAGGCAGCGUCGCCGCCGACAAUAUGAGUCUGAAGGAAGCUAGAAAGCUGAUGGACCAGUGCAAAGACAGACUCUCGAUAGUAAUUACGCGGGACAGCUCCUGUUGCCACGCACAGCAGCAAGGUAAAGGGGAUAGCGGUGAAUACCUGUCGGGCGCGAGUUACAGUAGUCAGAACUUAUACGUUCCGCCACCUACGAGGCAGCCCUUGGAGGACAAGAGUAACCUCGUGCCGAGAGGUCGUUCCCGGGGUCCGCUGAUGGACGUCUCUCUGAGCCAACUGGAUCUACCGGCUACACCCACAGUGGAUCCACCCAGGCCACCUCCGCCCAGGCCGGAAGAUUAUUAUAGCACGCGCAGGCAACUGUACGACGAAGAUUCGGUUUCGCCUCGGUCGAAGCAGCCGAUGCCGGAUCCUCGAUUCAUUACCUUCCAAAAGGAAGGAUCCGUAGGAGUGCGAUUAAGCGGUGGCAACGAGACCGGGGUCUUCGUGACUGCAGUUCAAUCGGGAAGUCCCGCGUCGCUUCAGGGUCUUCAGCCAGGAGAUAAGAUUUUAAAGAUAAAUGACAUGGACAUGAAAGGAGUCACGAGGGAAGAAGCUGUGCUUUUUCUCCUCAGCUUGCAAGAACAGAUCGAUCUCAUCGUGCAGCAUCGUCGUCAGGAGUACGAUCAGAUCGUCGCAUCCGGCAGAGGCGACUCCUUCCACAUAAAAACUCACUUCCACUACGAGCAACCGCAGAAAGGCGAGAUGAGCUUCCGCAGCGGGGACGUCUUCCACGUGGUGGACACUCUUCACAACGGCGUCGUGGGAUCUUGGCAGGUCUUCCGGAUCGGACGAAACAAUCAAGAGGUGCAGAAGGGCAUCAUACCCAACAAGGCUCGGGCUGAAGAGCUGGCGACUGCGCAAUUUAACGCGACGAAGAAGGAGAUGAGCGCCAGUGAAAGCAGAGGUAGCUUUUUCAGAAGAAGAAGAAACAGCCACAGGCGGUCAAAGUCUCUGGGAAGGGAUCACUGGGACGAUGUGGUGUUCUCCGACAGCGUCAGCAAAUUCCCAGCUUAUGAGCGCGUGAUCCUGAGACAUCCUGGAUUCGUUAGACCCGUCGUUCUCUUCGGGCCCGUAGCUGAUCUCGCCAGGGAGAAGCUUCUCAAGGAUUUUCCCGAUAAAUUCACCUCUCCGCAGAUGGAAAGCCAAAUGGAGGAUGGCUCGGGCAAGAACACCAAAACCUCCGGCAUCAUUCGCUUGAGCGCCAUCAGAGAGGUGAUGGAUCGAGGGAAACACGCUUUGCUAGAUAUUACUCCCAACGCCGUGGACCGAUUAAAUUACGCCCAGUUUUACCCUAUUGUCAUUUUCCUGAAGGCUGAGACGAAGCAGGUCAUCAAAGAGAUGAGGGCUGGCAUACCGAAAUCGGCGCAUAAAAGCAGCAAGAAGCUCUUAGAGCAGUGCCAAAAACUCGACAAGAUCUGGGGACACGUAUUUAGCGCGGUGAUUACGCUCAAUGCGCCCGAAGCUUGGUACCGGAAGCUCCGAGAGCUCAUCGAUCGCCAGCAACAAGGCUCACUUUGGAUGAGUCAGACCAAGCCGGAAGAAGCCCUCUCGGAUGAUUUCCUAUUCCCGAUGACUUCUCGCCUCUCCUACGCUUCCUCCCCGGAGAGUGACCUGGAGCUGAGUCCGGCACCCGUUAUUCCCGGUACAUUAGGCCCACCGUCGCGGCUCAAAAGCAGCUCAGAUCCUAGUAUUGCCACUCAAGAUGACACAUCCGCACCACCGCCGUACUCCACGAAUUAUCAGCAAUCGUUCGAUCAGCAAAAGAGAAGGUCCCAAGGCGGAGUGGGAGAUAGCAAAUACGGCUUCUCCCUGUCCGGGCAAAUGAGCAAUCAGUCUGGCUCGCCGGAAUAUUUGGGCGGCUCCUUCGAGCCUAGAUCUCCUCAUCAUAGCCCUCCGGACCUUCCGCCGCGAGUCGACCGGAACGUGAAGCCGACUAACCAAACGCCGCGGGGUACGAUCGGACGAUCCGCUCAGGAACGUCUAGUGAACAAAACCGAGUCGAUCUUGGACAUGGGAAAUUACAUCAAUGCAACCCCGCACAAAGCGAACGCCACGUCAUCCCUCGAAAGGGCGCAGCCGAAGGCGGGAAGUUACGACAGCAUGUCCUCCUACGAUUCGUACAACAAUACGAAUGGGAACGCGAGCUACGGCGCGCCGAAUCUCAACACGUCGACGGGUCGCUUGGGCCCGAACGUACCUGAUGAUCUCAAGAGCAGCAGCAUGCCGGUGAGAGCGCACGAUCCGUACCGAUUCACCAGGUCUACGGCUCAGCCGAUUCCCAUGCACGAUGCUCAAACGCGGACUGAUUACGCCAAGUACAGCCGAUCCACCGAUUACAAGUCGAUACCGAUCCCGCAAAAUAAGCCGGCAGGCACCUACAAGCCGAUCCCGCCGCCCAAGCCGAAAAAUUACAGACCACCCCAGACAUCGCUCGCGCAGACGGAGAACAACGGCAACGACGGAGGUAAUUCGUACCAGCACUCGAAGAGCUAUUCCAUCGCCACGUCUCACGUGCACAAUGGGGUAGAAAGCAGCAGCAGCAACGUUCAGCGCAACAGCGGCCAGUAUUACUACAACAUUCCGCCGCCCGGCCGUCACAAUGAGAGCAAUCUCAUGAAUUCACACCACAAUCUAAGUCACCUGGCGCCGCCGACGCACAGUCACAGCCUCAGCCACACGCACUCGCACUCCAGCCCGCCGGUCACCACCACGCAUUCCCACAGCAACAGCGCCGGUCAGAUCAACCUCGGUCUGACGCACAAUCGCGGCGGCACGAACCACAAUGGGUACAUGCACGGCAACAAUCACGGACCGGCCGGUCUAAUCUAUCCCUCCGCCAAUCCCGGGCACAACAGGGAACCCAGCGGCCUGGACCUGGCUGGCAGUCGGGAGCAAAGAGGCAGCGCUUUCGAGCUCUAUCGAAAGCCGGUUCAUAAUUACAAUAUAAGUUAACGUGUAUCCUGGCGCAAGACUUGUUAUUACUAGGACGAAUUAAUCAAUUUUCCGGAGCACGGCAAAGUAAAUCGUGCAAUGUCGUAGAUUAAAAUUAAUCGCCGGUCACGAUGACGAUAUUAUGACGAGAUGCAUCUUUCGAUUCUCAGCUACGUGGAGCUUCUGAAAGUUUUAAGAUACGUUGAGCGGAUUUGGUUUAUAUCGCGACGGGAAUCUGGGAAUUUUGUUAUCGGAACAACCAUUAGAGCGGUGUAUUGAAGACUGUCAUUCGCGAUUAAAUAUCAAUACGAUCGAACUGGUUUUCUUCGUAUGUAUACAUGAUAUAUGUUGCUAUGUGCAAUGUCGCGUAACAAUAUUUUGUUGACUAUAUACGAGAUAGAGUCUCGCUUUGCAACAAUGCUGCGUCAUCAUUGUAAGUUAUAUUUUCUUUGAUAAUUUUACAGAAACUAACAGAUCGAAGAUUGCAAAUCUUAGAAGGUAAUAUCAGAAAUAUAUCACGUUAACAUAUACAAAUGAAUAUUAUGAAUCAUUGCGAAUAUUUAAAAGAAUUGUAAAUUUUUUAGAGAUAUAUAAAACAGAAUCUUUGGGCCCAAAUGUCAUUCGAAUUUUUACCACGAUAUUUUUUCCAAGUAGACGAUCGAAGAAAGAGUACUUAAGAUUUGUAGAUUAAUGCAUCUUCUGUUAUUGCAGGUACAUGUGAUUUGGGGACGAUAAUUUCCUCGAAUGAUUCUCUUUUUCUCCUUUUGGAAAGGCAUGCCCUUUCUAGAGCCGAGGUCAGGCUUUAUAGUUAUUUAUUAUACCUUACUGUUAGAUCGUACUGCGCAUCAUUAUUAUUAUAAACCAAAUGACUAUUGAUAUGAGGUACGAGGUAUGAUAUGAGGUAUCGUCAGCGUUAAGUCGGAGUUUCAUAAGAGCUAAUGUUAAUUAUAAUAAUGCACGUCUCUCUCAUAACUAUUAGAUUUUGCCAUUAAACAUGCUGAUAAUCUUAUAUCACCAGUUAAAGCGUAAACAGAUUAUACUACUGUUAACGAAGUGCGAAUGAGAUUAUGUUAUAUUACGUAACUGAUAUUGUGCGAAUGUCGAACGUAACUAAUAGUAAAAAGCAAAAUUUAUUAACGCGUACACAAGUAUUAAAUUUAAAUUUAAAUAUACGCGAAAUAGAGUCUAUUUCGCGCGUUAUCCUAGCGAGAUCUGUUAUAUCAAGUUGUCAUAUGAUAAUUUAGGGUAACAAGGUAGCAAAGCGAAUUAGAAAAAUAUCCAGGUUCGGAUGUUAAUUUUUCUGGUAUUUAAUAAUUUUUUAUAAAUGAAUGAAUGAGACGAGCGACAAAGGUGAUGAACGAUCGAAUAAAAACAAUGUGUAUGCGUA